UUCUUUGUGACCCAAAGUUCAGUGAUGAAGAAGAUCUGGAGGAGAAGUUGACAGUGUUCAAAGAGAAGUACAUGGAGUUUGACCUGAACAACCAAGGCGAGAUUGAUUUGAUGUCUGUCAAAAGGAUGAUGGAGAAAAUGGGGGCUCCGAAGACCCACCUAGAACUGAAGAAGAUGAUCUCUGAGGUGACCGGAGGGGUUAGUGAGACCAUCUCAUACCAGGACUUCGUCAACAUGAUGCUUGGGAAACGCUCUGCUGUGCUGAAACUGGUCAUGAUGUUUGAAGGAAAAGCCAACGAAAGCAACCCCAAACCUUCUGGUCCGCCUCCAGAGAGAGACAUAGCCAGCCUCCCUUGAAGAGGACAGGCUGGAAAGUGGGCACUGUUUGCUUUGCUGGCCUGUAACAGGGGUUACCCGUGCUUUGUCACUUUUUACUGUGGACAGUCCUAGUUUUCAACUAACCUGCCUUAGAGGAACAGCAAGGGAAGCUGGAGACCGCCAGCUCGCAUCUUUCUGCUGCAUCCCUUAGCCAACUUGAUUUGUUAGUCGAGCUGUAGCACCACCCAGUGUAAUGGGAGACCAAAAAAAAAAAAAA